CGCAUUCCAACCUGCAUCACGACUCUUCUUCUUCUCCAUUGGCGACGAAACCAAGGGAGUUCGUCGAUCACGCUGCCUGAGACGUCGCCGGGAAAGAGAACUUCGCCGGAGCUUCCGCCGGAAUCUAGGUGGGGAUUAUUUGUGAUUUCUUCAUCAAUUCCAUUGAGGUAGGGAUCAAGGAUUGGAUGAAAAGCAGCCUGGAGGACAGUGAAAUGUGACGCUGGUGGAUGACCCAGAGCUGUGUUGAAAUUGAAUUAAAUACUUGUUGACUUUUAUGUUAUUUAAAUUACAAGAAUGCUUGACGAUGUUUUUUUAAAGGCUUCCGCAACGUUUUAGUUAUUUACUCCGAUUAAUUAUGAGUUGUUUCUAAAUAAAUACCAUGAAGCCUCCCCUGAUCCUUCGUUUGAUUUUAAAACGGGGGCAAAAUUUUUGCCUUUUCAUAUUUUCUUAUUCCUAAAGAGGUUGGCGGCAAAAUAGACUCGGUCUUUUUUUUUUCACUCACAAACGAUGAAGAACUUGGACGAGGAGUUCAAUAAAACAAGGCCAACUUUCUCAUAAAGAUGAUCACCAGACAAGGAUUCCGACAUGUGAGAAUCUUCCAUUCUCUCCCUAGCCCAACUUGUGAUCGCCAGCACCUCCUCCUCUCUUUCUGUAAAGACCUCCAUUCUCUCUUGCGAGUUCAUGCUCACUUCAUCACCUCAGGCUUCGAACUCAAAUGCAGCACCAAAACCCGCCUCGUCAAUCUCUACGCUUCGUUUGGAAGAUCCCAUUUUUCACGGUUAGUUUUCGACUCUGUUCAAAACCCACCUGGGAUUUUAUGGAACUCAAUGAUCAGAGCUUACAACACAGCCAACCAGCAUCAAGAAGCACUCCAGAUGUUCGAUUUAAUGACGGAGAGAGGUUGUCAACCAGACAAGUAUACGUUCACCUUUGCGCUCAAAGCUUGCACCCAUACGUUGAACUUGGAAAAGGGUAUUCGUAUUCACAAUGAUGUGUCUAGGAGGAACCUUGAAUGUGAUGUUUUUAUUGGUACCGGACUUGUCUCCUUUUAUUGCACACUUGGCGAUUUGAAUAGUGCCAGGAAGGUGUUUGAUAAAAUGCCCAAAAAGGAUGUGGUUGCUUGGAAUGCAAUGAUUUCAGGGCUUUCUCAGAUUUCAGAUCCCGCAGAUGCAUUAGACUUCUUCAAGUACAUGCAGUUUAGUUGCAGGGUUAAGCCUAACCCAGUAGGCUUAUUGAAUCUGCUCCCUGCUGUCUGCAAGUUAAUGGAUGUAAAGGUUUGCAGUUCCAUUCAUGGAUUUGUUUACAGGAGGGAGUUCCCCAUUUCUGUUUAUAAUGGGUUGAUUGAUAUGUACUCAAAAUGUGGAUAUAGCGAUGUAGCUCACCAAAUCUUUAAUCAGAUGAGAGUGAAAGACGAUGUUUCGUGGGGUACAAUAAUGGCUGGUCAUGCAUAUACUGGAAACUUCUGUGAAGUUCUGAACCUGUUUGGUGACAUGAAAACAGAAAAUUUGAAAAUGAACAAGGUGUCUGCAGUGAGUGCAUUGAUGGGAGCUGGUGAGAUGCGGGAUCUAGAAAAAGGUAAGGAGAUUCAUGACUACACAACCCAAGAGGGGAUGGAUUCAGACAUUAUGGUUGCCACUUCUCUUAUGACGAUGUAUGCAAAGUGUGGAGAAUUGGAGAAGACUAGACAACUGUUUGGACAGACACACAAAAGGGAUUUAGUUUCCUGGUCUGCAGUAAUAUCUGCAUUUGCCCAAUCCGGACAUCCCAAUGAGGCACUCUCCGUGUUCCGAGAUAUGCAGCACAAGAAUUUGGCACCAAACAACGUGACCCUAGUAAGCGUUUUACCCGCUUGUGCUGAACUGAUGUCCACAAAACUAGGUAAAUCGGUUCACUGCUAUGCUCUUAAAGCAGACAUCGGCUCUGAUCUUUCAACCAGAACUGCAUUGGUAUCCAUGUAUGCCAAGUGUUGUUUAUUCAGUUAUGCUCUACGUGUCUUUAAUAAUAUGCCAUUCAAAGAGGUCGUGACGUGGAACGCUUUGAUAAACGGACUUGCACAGGCCGGUAGGUCUAAUGAUGCCCUAGAGACGUUUUCGGAGUUGAAAUUAUGCGGGGUGCAACCAAACAAUGGAACCAUGGUGGGUGUCCUCCCGGCUUGUGCUAAGUUGGGUGACUUUCAUCACGGGACAUAUAUCCACGGUCAAGUGAUCAAAUACGGGUACGAGUCGGAGCGUCACGUGUCAAAUGCUCUAGUUGACUUUUAUGCCAAAUGUGGGAAACUCUCAUCUUCUGAAUUCCUCUUCAAUAAUGUCCCUUUUGAGAAAGAUGAGGUCUCCUGGAACACAAUGAUUGCAGGGUAUGUUCAAAACGAACGUGUCAAGGAAGCAAUGUCCGUGUUCCGUAGCAUGAUGGUACUAUCGUCUCCCCAGCCUAACGUUGUCACCAUUGUUACCAUCUUGCCAGCCAUAUCAUCUCUUACAUUUUUAAAACAUGGAAUGGGGAUACACACUUACACUAUCAAGAAGGCCUUAUUAUCCAACACCCUUGUCGGGAAUAGUCUCAUCGACAUGUACGGGAAAUGCGGUCGCCUCGACAUGUCGGAGAGACUAUUUCUGGAGAUGAGAAAUAAGGACACGGUUUCUUGGAACGCGAUGCUCGCCGCGUGUUCCGCGAAUGGGGAAGCGGGCCGUGCGAUGUCUGUCUUCUCGUGCAUGGAAGAAGAGGACGGCGUCAAGAUUGACUCAGUCUCUUUCAUCAGUGUCCUGUCCGCGUGCAGACACGCGGGCAUGGUAGACGAAGGGAGGAAUCUCUUUUGGGAUGUGAUGCAGAAGAAAUACAGAAUCAGGCCCGGCGUGGAGCACUACGCGUGCAUGGUGGACUUGCUAGGCCGCGCAGGCUUGUUCGACGAGACCAUGGAGUUGAUAAACAAGGAAAUGCCUAUGAAGCCUGAUGGUGCUGUUUGGGGGGCGUUAUUGGGGGCUUCCAGAUUGCAUUUUAACGUUGAGCUAGCAGAGGUGGCGUUGAAGAAUCUAGUAAAACUUGAGGCAGGGAAUCCGGCUCAUUAUGUGGAGCUGUCCAAUGUAUAUUCACAGUUGGGAAGAUGGGAUGAUGCUGGAAACACAAGAGACAGGAUGCAUGUAACUGGAUUAAAAAAGACUCCAGGGUGCAGUUGGGUGGAGUUUGAGGGAAAGGGGCUAUGAGUUUUUUUUUUUUUUUUAAUUAAAACGCCAUUCUGUAA